GUUAAUAAAAGUCUUAAUUAAAAAAGGACUCAAAACUAUGUGCGUGUGUAAUAAAUAAUAUUAAAGAUUACUGUGAUAAAAAAACAUUUAUAAAAUGUAAAGCGAUUUAAAUUAAUUACGGAACCUAUAAAUUUUUACUUACUGUGCAUUGCAACUAGACUAACUUUAAGAGUAAAAUAAAAUGUCUGAAAAAAAGAAGCAGCAUUAAAACCUUUCUCAAACCGAUUAAAGGCAACGUAAAACAAUUUUCCACAUGCACUAUUAACACAAUCAGAUUCGGCCCAAAGUAAUUGAUUGGCCAAUUUUGUUGGCUUAAAAUAAUUUCCGUAUUUCAAAGUGCAUGCUGCAAAUAGCUGUGAUCGAAGUUAAGUUUUAGGAGGGCAAAAUGUUGAGUAGCAGCCAUUUAAAGUACUGCUUUGUCAGUUUGAUUUGCCUUUUCAUUUUCUGUGAUACCGCUUUUGGCGACUUGAUUAAGGUGGACAAAACCAUAUUGGAAGAUGCCAACCUGAUCACGCCGGAUCUGAUCAAGAAGUAUGGGUAUCCGGCGGAAACCCACAAGGUCCAGGCCAAGGAUGGCUUCGUCCUUACGGCUCAUCGCAUUCCCAAGCCCGGGGGACAGCCCGUGUUAUUGGUACAUGGUUUGCUGGACAGUUCGGUGGCAUAUGUGAUACUGGGUCCUGAAAGGUCCUUGGGCUUCCUGCUCAGCGAUCUGGGAUACGAUGUUUGGCUGCUUAACACGAGGGGCAAUCGGUACUCACGGAAGCACAAGCGAUACCACCGAUACCAGCCGCAGUUCUGGGAUUUCUCCUUCCAUGAACUCGGGAUGUACGAUCUGCCAGCGGCCAUUGAUUAUGUCCUUGCGAGGAGCAAGGGCUUCGAACAGAUCCACUAUGUGGGCCACUCGCAGGGCACUACGUCCUUCUUUGUGAUGGGCAGUGAGAGGCCGGCCUACAUGAAAAAGAUCAAACUUAUGCAGGCUCUGGCUCCGGUUGUAUUUUGGGACUAUAUCGAUUCACCGAUUCUUCUCACCUUCGUAAAGUAUUUGCGACCUCUGGUGUUGAUCGCCAGAUCGUUUGGAAUCUACGAAUUUCCGCCGGAGAACGAAGUGUGGCGCAAUCUGAUACAUAAGAUCUGCAGCUUCGCCUUCCAGAACACCUGCACCUAUUUCAUAAUGGAACUCAUGGGCGUGGAUAAUGCACAAUUUAACUCCAGCCUGGUUCCGCUCUUCACGGGACACGCAACCUCAGGAUCAUCGGUUAAGUCCCUGGAGCACUAUGGCCAGCUGAUCCACAGCGGUGGGUUCUACAAGUACAAUUACUACAGCGCCUGGGAGAAUCGAAGAAACCACGGUGCCGACAUUCCGCCACAGUACAAACUAACUAACGUCGACUGCAAGGUGGCACUGUACUACAGUAAAAACGAUCGGCUAACAUCCGACAAGGAUGUGAUUCGGUUACUUGACAUCCUGCCAAAUGUUGUGCUCGAUUACCCACUGCCAGAUCCUCUGUACAACCACAUCAACUUUAUUUGGGGAAAUGACGUGAAAACCGUCCUCAACGAUCGCGUGAUAGAACUUAUGCGGAAAGUGGACAAUGGCGAAGUGUAGGGACUAUAUCUAAUACUUAUCAAUAUGAAUGUCUUAAAAAGUAAGGCCCCCUUUCUGUGUUAUCUAGAUGUUUAAUUCAUUUGGUUUUAAGAGUACUUAUAAAGGAUUAAGAAGGUUUUUAGUUAGCUACUUAGUAAAAUGUACAGUCCUACUACCAUUUUUUUUUUUGGUUACCUAAAGCGGUAAAUGUGGUUUUUAAAUGCUGAAUGCAAAACAAAAUAGUUAAUAUAAAUAAGUGGCUUAUUACUAUUAAUUAUCAUAUACGGUUUACAAAUAGAAGCGUAAUUUCAAAGAUAACGUUUUAAUUGACAUCAAA